CUACACGUAUCACUUCCUCUGUGCCCGCCCGCUCUCAUCACCAGUAUCCUCCGACUUCCCUCUCUGUUGAUUCCAAGGAUCGUGGAUUGGCGAUCUGGUUUGAAUCUGUGCGCCCGUGAGAUCUGAUUCGAGGGCCGAGUUUGAUCGGCGUAAAGCGGGAGUUUAUUUUGCUCUCUUGUUCCUGUUGUUGUGUUGUUUGGAUCGCGCGGACAUGCGGCGGAGGGCGGCCGAGUUCCGGCGCCCGGCCAGAAGGCGGCUCUCCUACUGGAUCUGCUUCCUCCUCGGCGUCUUUGUCGCCGCGGGGUUCGUCCUCUUCGUCUUUCAACACCAUCAUCAAGAUCGGCUCGAGCCGCCCGUGAGGGACAAGGUUCCAGCUGAUAAGGAAAUCCCUCAUGAAACACAAAACCUUGGCCAGGAACUGUUAAAUACUACUUCCUUUGCCAGACAACUUGCUGACCAGAUGACACUAGCCAAGGCAUAUGUAAUCAUAGCCAAGGAGCAUAACAACCUUCGGCUUGCUUGGGAGCUCAGCUCGCAGGUAAGGAAUGGUCAACGGUUGCUCUCUCGAGCAGCUGUCAGAGGUAAACGAAUCACUCUAGAAGAAGCACAUCCGAUAGUCAGUCGACUAGCACAUCUUAUAUAUAAGGCCCAAGAUUCCAAUUAUGAUAUCAGCACAAUGAUAACAACACUGAAGAGCCACUCCCUUGCUCUUGAGGAGCGUGCAAAUGCAGCAACUGUGCAGAGUGCAGAGUUUGGUAAAUUAGCUGCAGAAGCCAUGCCCAAAAGUCUCCACUGUUUAAACAUAAAACUCACAGAGGAGUGGUUUAGAAAUCCAUCUUAUAGACAACUAUCAGAAGAGGGAAGGAACUUGCCUCUACUUGUUGACAAUAAUCUAUACCAUUUGUGUAUAUUCUCUGAUAAUGUACUGGCAACUUCUGUUGUCGUGAAUUCCACAGCCUCUAAUGCUGAUUAUCCACAGCAGCUUGUGUUUCAUGUGGUCACAGACAGUAUCAAUUACCAAGCUAUGACUACUUGGUUUCUCAGGAACGAAUUCAGAGGAUGUACAGUCGAAGUUCUAAGCAUUGAAGACCUAGUUUGGUUGAAUGCCUCUUUCUCUCCAAUGGUCAAAAGAAUAAUGAGUGCUGAAACCCAGGCUUCUUACUUUGCUGGUAAUUCAAAAGAUCAGAGUAGGGAAACAAAGUUGAAGGACCCUAAUUAUGCUUCUUUGUUGAAUCACUUGCGCUUCUACAUCCCACAGAUACAGCCACAGUUGGAAAAGGUGGUGUUUCUUGAUGAUGAUGUGGUGGUACAGAAGGAUUUAACCCCUUUGUUCUCAGUGGAUUUGCACGGGAAUGUUAUUGGAGCUGUGGAGACUUGUCUAGAAGCAUUCCAUAGGUUCUACAGGUAUCUCAAUUUCUCCAAUCCAAUCAUUAGCUCAAAAUUUGAUCCACAAGCAUGCGGAUGGGCUUUUGGGAUGAACAUCUUUGACCUCGUAGCAUGGAAGAAGGCAAAUGUUACUGACAAGUAUCACUACUGGCAGGAGCAGAAUGCCGACCGGAUGCUCUGGAAGACAGGGACUCUUGCUCCUGGCCUUCUGGCAUUCUAUGGGCUGAUGGAACCCCUUGAUCGAAGAUGGCACAUACUCGGAUUGGGUUAUGACUCCAGUGUCGAUGAUAGGUUGAUUGAGAGUGCGGCUGUGGUGCACUUCAAUGGGAACAUGAAGCCGUGGCAUAAAUUAGCUAUAAGCAAGUAUAAGCAUUUAUGGGAACAAUACGUCAAUUUAUCUGAUCCAAUUAUUAAAGAUUGCAUAAUGCACUGAGAUGUGGAUAAUUGCCUGUUCUCUUUUUGUGUCCUCUGUCAAAAUAUUUUUGACAUGCAUCUCACAAAAUGGUACCUUUGAGGGAGAAGGCCAGACGGUAGGCAGCAUCACCGGGCAUCAUGUAUUUGGGGGAAUUCAACAAUUCAUUCUGGAAGAUGUAAUAAUUCCAUAUUAGAUGUUAUAUUUUGUUGGAAUUCAAAAUUUGGAAAUGAAACCAGAUAACCUUGAAAGUGAUUGUAAAACUCAGGAAAUAACAUUCGGUUUCUGCCAUUGCCUCUCCAGAUGUCUCAGGUGCCUGAAGUUCAUAUGGAGUUUUGACUGCACAAGCACUUACAUCGGACUGCAGACUUUCAGCAUGUCACUCCAAAUAUAAGAUGAAAGUUUGAGAUUUUUUAUUUAUAGAUUCUUAAGCAUCCAUGUUAUAUGAUUGUCCAAGAAAAGAGAAGGGAGUGAUGGAAAAACAUGCAUCUGUCGGAUUACUCGGAUAUGUAUCAAAACAUUGGAUCAGCUUUUAUGGGUUUCACUUGCAGAAAAGUGGAUACAGGUAGCUUAUAUCAGCUUCUACAGGUCACCUACAGAAUUGCUACGCUGUUUUUGCUAACAGGUUUCCAACAGAAUAUGAUCAUCAAAUGCUGCUGCAAACCUUCUUUAUUUUCAGUACUGCCACCAUCAUCCAUGAGAGAGCUUAUAUUGUGCAAAUAGGACCAAGCGAGAAUAGUUUGUCUGCAAUGACCUACACUUCAUCGAGGUGGUACUUAAGGUACAAGAUACUGAUGUUCCUAUAAUCAAUCAAUCAAUUACAUGAUGCAGCACAUGGUGCAGAUGAAGCUCCUCACCACAAGACGGUGAUCACUUGGCUCUUUCAGAGAAUUCAGUCAGCUCAGUGCAUGUUAUCGUCUCAGGUUUCCAGGAGACGAGCAUCCACGUGAGCUUUAUCCUUCAGACAAUCAAUCUGCCCCAGUUAUGGUGGAACAUGGGCUUCAUACCAUCCCCAGCUUGGCAGAGGACAAAAAAGAUUCAUGAGCUGCCAACCUCAAAGAAGAGGCCACGGUUUCCAACCAGUCCAUUCUUCUCAUUCCUCAAGACGCCCAAUGCAAUCUGCUCAGCCAUUAUAUAUACUGCAUGAACUCUGCUGAUUCCAUAUCAAAGAUCACUUUCUUCAGACACCAUGGCUUUAGGAUCGCACUGCUCACUUGUUCUCCCGUUCUUCUGCAUCUUCGUUUGCUACGCUGCUGUUGCUCAUGGUGUGAGGAAGCAGCUCCCAUAUGCACUGGUGGUUGGAACCGUCUACUGCGAUACUUGCUUUCACCGAGAACUGUCGAAGCCCACCCAUUUCAUCUCAGUCGAGUGCGGAGAUGGUGCGAACAAGUUCAGCUACAGGACGGUGGCGACGACCAACCAGCGGGGAGUGUUUCGAGUCCCGCUGCCACCGAGGAUAAGCAAGCACCUCCACCUGAUCCAAGCUUGCUCGGUAAAGCUGAUGAAGAGCGAAGAGCCAUUCUGCGCGGUAGCGUCCUCUGCGACGACCGCCGGCCUCCGCCUCAAGUCGUGGAGCCACGGCGUUCACGUCUAUUCCGCUGGCUUCUUCAAAUUCAAGCCCCUCGACCAGCCGGAGCUGUGCCACCGGAAGCCGGCGCUCCGAGAUCGGAAGAUAGACCAACCUGCUCUCUCCUUUCCACUUCCGACCAUCAACUUACCAUCGUCGCCGCCUGGUGCCGGCGGUGUUCCGCUGCCAACGAACCCAUUGUUUCAGCCGCCAUCCCUGCUGCCGCCGAACCCACUUCAAACGCCACCGACAGUCCUGCCGCAGUUCCCUCUCCAGCCACCGUCGCCAUCGUUCAGCUAUCCUCCACUUCCAUUUCUCACACCACCGCCACCGCCAGCUUUGCCCUUCCCUGCGACCCCAUUCCUUCCAUUACCCCGGUUCCCUGGACUCCCACUCGCCUUCUCUUCAAAGAAGGCCUCCCCAUGAACGAACUACUAUCGCCACGAGUGCUUAGGAAUAAAAAAAGAAGCUCUAAGAAUUAUGCUUUUCUCCUAAGAAAAGCUAUUAUGUCAACUUUAGCAUCCAAAGUAACUCAAAAGAUCUUAGAAAAUAUAAUUAUCUUUAUGCUUGAACGUUGAUAUUGUCUAAUUUGAUUCAGUCGAACUAAAUAGCUGGAAGUGGACUCAACCCAAUUUAAUUUGAA